UUGAAAAGUGCUGCUCUUGAUUCCGUCGAAACUAACCACACAACGACUGUCGUUGAUGUCAUUGUAGAAGAAUUUCAAAAACUUCACGACAACCUUCAAGCUUUUGCAAAAGCAGACAAAGGUGAGGAGAUAUCGAAACAUCUGUGCGAUAACGCCGUAUUUAUGAGCCCUCUGCACGAUCCAAUAACAAUUGCUGCGUUUGAAAACAUUCAUUUCAGUUACUUAACUGUUUGGAAGAAGGAGGGCAACGCUUGGAAAAUCCUUACCGGAUGUUCCACUGUCCGAGUGCUCCCAUGA